UCUAUUUUCCUAGUAGUAUAUAGUGAGUCGCCGCUUACAAUCCACUUCUCCUUCCCAAGUGCAAGCUCUCUGUUUGCCUAAAGAGAUGGAACUAAUAUCAACCAUCUUUUCCCUCAUCCUCUUCUUCACUCCCUUCAUUUUCUUUUACUUUUUUCAUUUACCAAACCCUAAAUACGGCUUUAAAUCCUACCCACUCCUCGGAUCCUUACCCGACUUCAUCAAGAACCGCCACCGCUUUCUCGAGUGGAGCACCGAAAUUCUCGCGGGCUGCCCCACCAACACCGCCGUCUUCCGCCGCCCCGGAAAGAUCCACGGCGUCAUCACAGCCAACCCAUCAAACGUGCAACACAUGCUCAAAACCAACUUUGAGAAUUACCCAAAAGGCCCUCGCUUCAUCACACUCCUCCAAGACUUUCUUGGACAAGGUAUAUUUAACUCGGAUGGGCAUAUCUGGAAAGUCCAACGUAAGACAGCCAGUUAUGAGUUUAACACCAACUCACUCCGGAACUUUAUUGUUCACAUCUCAACGGCUGAGUUACAAACCGGUUUGAUUCCGGUUCUUCGUGAGGCCGCUGAAAGAAACCGGGUUGUUGAUUUGCAGGACCUUUUGGAACGGUUCGCUUUUGAUAAUAUUUGCAAGCUUGCGUUUAAUGUGGAUCCGGGUUGUUUAAAAGGGGUUGGAAAUAAUGCUGGCAGCGAGUUCAUGAAGGCGUUUGAAUCGGCCGCUACGUUGAGUGCCGGCCGGUUCAUGUACAUUUUUUUGUUCGUGUACAGGAUUAAAAAGUUUUUUAAUAUGGGGUCUGAAAUGCAGCUGAGGGAUUCAAUCAGGAUCGUUCAUGAGUUUGCGGAUAAUAUUAUACGGUCGAGAUUACAGGAACGAGUUGAGCGAAAAGGCGAGGAUUUGUUAUCCCGGUUUAUUCAAGACUCGAGCAACUCGGCCGAGAUGCUACGAGAUAUUGUUAUAAGCUUUAUUUUAGCAGGCCGUGACACAACUUCAUCAUUGUUAACCUGGUUUAUCUGGCUAUUAUCAUCUAGGCCAAAUGUGGUUGAUAAAAUACUCCAAGAGCUUAAAAAAAUUCGAGAAUAUGAUACGGAUUCGGAUACGUAUAGCUUCGAUGAGCUACGUGAGAUGCAGUAUCUCCAUGCAGCGAUAUCGGAAGCGUUACGGUUGUAUCCACCUGUACCGGUUGACACCAAGUUGUGUGAGAAUGAUGAUGUUCUGCCAGAUGGUACAGUGAUCAAGAAGGGGUGGUUUGCAACAUACAAUACCUAUGCAAUGGGGAGAAUGGAGAGCAUUUGGGGCAAAGAUUGCCUCGAGUAUAGGCCGGAGAGGUGGCUGGAUGAGAAUGGAGUGUGCAAGCAAGAAAGUUCAUUUAAGUUUCCGGUUUUUCAUGCAGGUCCGAGGAUUUGCUUAGGGAAAGACAUGGCUUAUAUUCAGAUGAAGUCUAUUGCGGCAUCAGUGAUCAAAAGGUUUACGUUUGAGGUUGUGAAUGUCAAGGAAGAUGCUAUUCCUGAGCAUGUUUUAUCUUUGACCUUGAGGAUGAAAGAGGGGUUACAUGUUAGUGUGAAAGAAAGGCUCCUGGAGACCUGAUCCGCUAACAAAGCUGGUGAUUCGUAUUAGUGAGACAGAUGAUUUAUAGUAUUGUGACAGGCGAUUUCUUGAUCUCCAGAAUUUUUAGAUUUGAAAUGAUUUGUAAUUGCAUUUGCAUCCAGUGUUUUUACGUAUGUGAUAUGAAAUUUGCCAGUUUGUCAUAA